UAUUAAGAGGUUUAUUUGUAUUGCAAGAUGAAAUAUUUUUUGGGGAGAAAAAAAAAUAGGAACGGAGAAUAGGCUGUUUAUGGCAUGUUUUUAUUGGAGGAGGCGUAAUCAACACCGCAUUAUAUCCAUUUAUCCAAAUAUUAUUUUUCUGGUCUGGAUGUAUUUGAAACCUGGAACACGGGUCACAUCAAUCACACAAAACGAAUUUUUUGGAGCCGUUGGAUUGUGAUAAAGUCAAGCGGAAGAUUAAAAUAUUCCCAAGUUUAAUUCAUCUGUUGUUUUUGGGACCCGCUCGCUUUAUCUCUACCUUUUCCCAAGUUUUCCCUUUUCCUUCAAUUCAAUUCAAGCUUGAAUUCUCCAUUAACAAGAAACUACAAAACCGAUUAACAGAUUUUCGUUUUCUUCGUCAGGGUCGAUUGCAAGUUGUGGUGUCUCUUUGGUGGUGGGGGUUUGUGUUGAGGCGUUUAUUUGAUAAUUUGACAUCUUUUCAAUGGCAAAAUUGAUGAACAAAGGUUUUGUGUUUCCUUCAUCUUCUGAUUGUGGUCAUCAUCGCCCUCAUGGGAUUUCUUCUUUCCCCAAUAAAUCGGUCAAUCUUUCUUGUCUUCCAUCUACUUGUCUGCUAAGAAGCUAUUUUUAUGGUCGUAGAUUGGUCAUAAAUGAAGCCCUACCCAAAAGAAAUGCCCACGUUGCAAUCACUGUCCAGAUGAGUAUGGGAAUCAGGAAAGUACAGAAAUGGUGGGAGAAAGGGGUUCAACCUAACAUGAAAGAAGUGAACAGUGCUCAAGGCCUUGUUGACUCUCUUUUGAGUGCAGGAGAUAAAUUAGUAGUUGUUGAUUUCUUUUCCCCUGGCUGCGGUGGCUGCAAAGCCCUUCACCCUAAGUUGUGUCAGCUGGCAGAGAUGAAUCCAGAUGUGCAGUUUUUACAGGUGAACUAUGAGGAACACAAGUCCAUGUGUUACUCUCUUAACGUGCACCUUCUCCCAUUUUUCCGUUUCUAUAGAGGAGCUGAAGGUCGUGUUUGCAGCUUUAGCUGUACCAAUGCCACGAUAAAAAAAUUUAAAGAUGCAUUGGCAAAGUAUGGUACAGAUCGUUGCACCUUUGGACCACCGAAAGGGCUUGAGGAGAAAGAGCUACUUGCAUUGGCAGCUAACAAGGAACUCUCGUUUAAUUACAUUCCAAAAACAGAAGAAGAACCUGUCCUUGUUGCCUCACAAGAGGAAGUUGAGGACAGAACUCCAAAUAAAGAGUCCCCUCUACCACUUCCUCUUCCUCUACCCAUUAGCUCAACUAGCUCACUGAAGCCCAAACAGGAUACAGAGAAAGAAGCGUAUGCUACUUCUGGUAGAUAGUUUUGAAAUUUGUGGUAAAUGAUGUGAUAUCUGUACAGCUAUAUUAUAUGCUUUGUUGAGUUAUAAAACUAAUAUUGCAGUCGGAAAGGAAUUGAGAAUUAGUAUAGGGAAUGCCAAAUAUUUAGUGGCUACCGUUGGGCGUUAUCUGGUCUUGUACAGAGCUCACUCUUCCUUUUCCUUGGAUUCUCCCAUUUUAAUUGGAGUUUGCCGAAAUGGUUCUAAGAUAA